CACUGCGGGACCUGGUGAUGUCCUGGGUUGGGGCUGAGGAAGGCCUGUGUGCGGAGGGUGCGGCCUUCGGCUAAGGCAGAGGACCGGGGUUGGGUCCGUGGCGGCGGGAGGGGUGGCCUCCUGCACUGGGCGCCCCAGGGGACCUGAGGCGCGACAAACAGUCGGCGCGUUGGGUACUCGCGCCCGCAGAGCUUUCAACCUCCGCGCCGGCUGCGCCUGUUUCUCUGCGAGGGAAGCAAGGCCACGCGGCCUACGUAGCCGAGUCGGAACCAACCGGUUGUUUGGUGAAACCUACCCCAGAGCCUCCCACGGCCCACAGCGCACAGACUGUUUUUGCCAACCAUGGCAUCUGGAGAUGACAGUCCUAUCUUUGAAGAUGAUGAAAGCCCUCCUUACAGUCUAGAAAAAAUGACAGACCUCGUAGCUGUCUGGGAUGUUGCUUUAAGUGACGGAGUCCACAAGAUUGAAUUUGAACAUGGGACUACAUCAGGCAAACGAGUAGUAUAUGUAGAUGGAAAGGAAGAGAUAAGGAAAGAUUGGAUGUUCAAAUUAGUGGGCAGAGAAACAUUCUGUGUUGGAGCUGCGAAGACAAAAGCGACCAUAAAUAUAGAUGCUAUCAGUGGUUUUGCUUAUGAAUAUACUCUGGAAAUUAAUGGGAAGAGUCUUAAGAAGUAUAUGGAGAACAGAUCAAAAACCACCAAUACUUGGGUAUUACACAUGGAUGGUGAGAACUUUAGAAUUGUUUUGGAAAAAGACACUAUGGACGUAUGGUGCAAUGGUAAAAAACUGGAGACAGCAUCUUUUUUUCAAGGCUCAAUAUUAAAAAUGGGGACAGGAACACACUGCACCCAAGGACGUGCUUGUGGUAUUCAGCACACCUCCCAUAAGGAGCCACUGGCCACAUCCUUCCCAGAGCUGGGAAAAGGCUUCUCUCCCUGAGGCGUCCUGUGCCUUCUUCGGCUUGGGUGAGUUUGUAGAUGAUGGGACUGAAACUCACUUCAGUCUCGGGAACCACGACUGUUACAUAAAGGCUGUCAGUAGUGGGAAGCGGAAAGAAGGGAUUAUUCAUACUCUCAUUGUGGAUAAUAGAGAAAUCCCAGAGAUUGCAAGUUAAUGAAUCUUAAUCUUAAGAAGUAAAGAUCAGGACUUUUUAAUUACUGUGGUAAUUAAAUUGUUCAGUAUGUACUUAUCAGUACAUUUAGUCUGCAAUGUUUUUAUUUUUUAAAAAGUUACAUGAAACUGUAACAUUCCAAGGGUCAGGAAAAAAACCAAUUAUGUAUAGUCAUAAAAAUUACAAUGUAUGAUGCAAAUAAUGUAAAAUGUUUUAAAGACAAAUGGAAAAUAAGAUAUGGACCAAAGUCACUAAUGUUUUACAACAGUAACCUUUACUAUAAUAAAUACUGUAAACAAAA